CAUAUAUGCGAUAAAUUUCGUAAUUUUUAUUUUUCUUGUUUUCAUUGUUGUUUAGAGUCUUUGCAUCCGGUACAAACGAAAUACAUUGUAGCCGAUUUUAGUAAUGGUCGUGAGAUUUACAAUCGAAUUAAAUACGAAGUGAACUCACUUCCAGUUGGAAUUUUAGUAAACAAUGUCGGUCAGAUGUUCGAGCAUCCUGAAGAGCUUGGCAGUGUGCCGGAGGAGGUGAUAUGGAGUCUGGUGCUUACAAAUGUUGCUGCCGCCACAAUGAUGACGCGUUUGAUUGUAAACGAUAUGAAACAACGACAAAAAGGUAUCAUUGUAAACGUAUCAUCGGGCACGGCUUUACAACCAGCACCUCUGGCAUCGGUGUAUGCUGCUAGCAAAGUUUACAUCAAAAGUUUUACAAUGGCACUCCAAUACGAAUGUGGACCAUAUGGCGUUGAUGUGCAACUUCUUUCGCCGUACUUCGUUCGAACAAAAUUGAAUAAUUAUUCAACAACCGUAAUGAACGGAAAUCUUUUCGUCCCCGAUGUUGAAUCGUACACACGUUCGGCCGUUUUUACAUUAGGAAAAAGUUCGGAAACAACUGGAUAUUGGUCACAUGCCAUUCAGUUUGCCGUUUCAAAAAUGCUGCCGGUGACAGCGCGCACUAUUAUAGGUAUUUUACUAGCAAAACGCUUUCGGAAUGAGUACCAUGCACAACGGAGACAGCCGCCACAACAACAACAACAAAGACAACCAAUGAAUCGAUUCUAAACUUUCACAUUCACAUGAUAUAAACUGAAUUGUUUUAUUGCUCAUUACAUUUGUUUAUAUAUAUCGAAAAUAAUUUAAAAUUCGUGUACAAAGCACAAGAGAUUUGUUUUUAUAUCCGAAAUUCUCAGAUUAGUUUUUUUUAAAUAUGAGUCAAAGUGUGAAUCAUAUGUGUGAAAAUUGAGUGCCGUCGUUGACAUUUUUGAUUCAUGU